GUUUGUCAGUCAGGGAAAGGGAUCAUGAUGCGCGUCAGUUUGUACAGUCCAGAUUACAGCACGGCGCAGUGUGGUGACUGUGUGACGCAUUUAUGUGUAUGUGCGUGAAUCCCUCUUUGUCUGCCGCGUGUGAUGUGGACACACUGUCCAGCUCGGGAAAGCCUACUGUUCGCCUCAGCGUGCCGUCACAGCAUAAGCAUAGCCACACACACACAUGGAAGGAGGCAUCCAUCCAUCCAUCCAUCGACUGUCGUCACGACACCCAUCAGACAGACACACCCACAUGUGUUCAUCCUCACCUCACCCACAGCACACACAAACGGCAACGGCACGGACACACAAAGACUUAACCAGGGACGUAUACAGCAACAUCACAUAAGUGGAGAGGACAGUUUAGCCAGACAGACAGGCAGACAGGCAGACAGACAGACAGACAAGGCGGCCCCGUAAGGGAUAAAUAGGACAAUGUGAGACACAUUUAGAUAGUGUACACACGCACGCGAACCACGACACCGUCAGGUACAAGUAGGCACAGUCACACUCAACACAGGUACCGUACGUGAAAUGUAUGCAGCUAGCUACCCUACCGUCCACUUCUUGCGGGAAUACACGUACAAAUAGGUGCUCCCCAUGCAUAGCAUACCCCGUACCACUCCACCGUCUCAGAGAAAAGAUGACUGACACGCAUAGCACACCAUCCAAUAUCUAUAUAUAGACCAGAGACCACUCAGUUGAAGAACAGACCCACUUGCCGUCUCUAUCUGCCCAUCUGUCCAUCCAUGAAUCCAUCCAUGAAUCCAUCCAUGUGUGUAAAAUACAAAACGCAAACGAAUUGGGAGUGAUGUCGUCAGUCAGUCAGUCAACAAUUAAGGCCAAAAGAAAUCAUGGUCAAGCACCUCAGGCAGACAGCAACAAUGCAAUCAAUGAAUGCAUUCACGGCAGCAUCAGCAUCAGCAUCGCCUGCCUUUCGUUCCCUCAGCUACCUAAAUGGUGCCCCUCCCUCCCGCCCCUCUAACAUGGACGCGUGCAUGUGCGGCGUGCGUGCGCGUCGAUCUCACCAUGGGCCUGGACGGCACGGACACGGUGAGCAAUGAUGCAUUGACGCCAUGGAUGGAUGUGUAGGUGGGUGGGUGUAAGAGAGAUGCAUUGGACAAAUAUAGAAUCAAUCAAGGAAGAGAGAGAGAGGGGGGGGAGGGAGGGAGGGAGGGAGGGAGGGGGGAAACCGGCUACAGGGGAGGGGAGGGGGUCUUCUUGUAGUAGCAGGCAAUGAUGCCACUGAACACACACCAACCACACACACGGAAGGGACCGGUAUGCAUGUCUAUGUCUUCGUUGUGUCUGUGUCUCUUGGCCUACUGUGGCGCAUCUUGGUCGUAGCAACAGCCGCGGUCCUCACACUGAAUCAAGGACCCAGCACAAAGACAGGGACAAGGAGAGAUCACUCCACACACGUGCCGUCACGCCAGUCAGUGUCUCACUCAGCGCUCACGCACCACUUGUGGGUCGAUGCCCAUCCAUCCGCAGUCGGCUCUCUGCUCCCACCCGACGCCACAGACCUCUUCGCCCCCAUUCUCCUGCUCCUGGCUCGGCUCAGGUGGCGCACCCCCUGUCCCGCUUGAUGGGUUGUCGCCCCCAUACACCUGCUCUGCCUGCGCUGAGUCCUCCACGUAGUCGCCGUCGACAACCAGGUGGUCCGUCUGCUCCUCACCUGUCGCUGAGGGCCCGUUGGUGGCCUCUUCUGCAGCAGUGGAGCCGCCGUCCUCAGAGGGCAGCCCGGUGGCCUGCUCGUAAUCGUAGUCGUAUUCAUACUCGUACUCGGACUUCUUGGCACCACCCGCACCCUACAGAAAUGGGCGGCAUGGUCUCUCGGCAUAUUGUGUGUGUGUGUGAGGCGGGGUGGGGUGGGGUACAUACCAUGUUCUUUCUUGGGUACUGGCCUUUUCCCUUGCCACGUGCUUGGUGACCCUGCUGCUGCUGCUGCCUCUGCCUGCUGCCCGCCGGCCGUCUGUUGGAUGUGGUCUGUGGCUGCCCCUGAUUGCCGUUGCCGUGCCUCAUCUGCUGCUGCUGCUGGUGAACACCCUGGUUGCCCGCUCCCUGCGGCGGCGGCGGCGGCGGCUGUUGUUCGUUCCAUGCCUCUGUUGUUCCUUCGCUGGACGAUUGGGGGUUGUUGAUGUGUGGCUGUGGGUUGGGGAUGAGGCCGCCGCCGGCAUUGGAGAACUCAGCAUCGGGCGGAUUGAUGACUGGCCUGGGUACGGGUGUGUGGGCGUUGUCCUGGUACAGCUGCUCCUCCUGGUUGAUCUUGUGUGAGUUCUCGAGCUCGUUCCAGAUGCCGUCGUGGUCGUAGUUGGGCCGCAGGUUGUGCUGCUCGCCGCACCACUUGGGCCCGAAAGUGCUGCAGCAGAAGGGCUCGUUGCCGGUGUUGUUGACCCGCCUGGCGUCCUUGCCAUUGAGCCAGCAGUUCUGCUCCUCCAUGAUGGGCUUGUGCACCCAGUAGAGACAGCCCUCGGUCUCCUGGCAGAUCUGCUGACACCGCCGGGCUGACGGCACGUAGUCGCGGGCAGGGUUGGUGCUCAGCUCGCCCCCAAGCAUGUCCAUCCCGUAUGUGUAACACUUGUUAGCUGCGGAGGAGACCAACACACGGACACAGAGAGAGAGGGAGGGAACAAGUGUGUCCUUCCCUGUGUGUGUUGCCCUCUGCUGUGCGUCCGUCACGUUCUCUGCUCACUCUUGUCGUGUUUGUCAUCAGGUAUGGUGGGCACGACUGUGGCGUUGCGGUAGUGGACGUUGAGGGCGAGGUAGUGUCCGCCGACCACCUGGAUGCGCUCGGGGAUGAACUCGACGAGGUUGAUGAGGUCGGAGCCCUCGUUGGGCCCGUAGAUGUUCCACGAGAAGCCGCGGAAGUCGUCGAACCACUGGGGCUCGAACUUGCGGGACUCCUCGUCCCAUGCCGAGAACUUGAUGAAGUCCACGUAGGUGGUGAUGGGCAGAAGAUGCUCCUCCUUGUAGAUACCCGCCCAGUACUGGGCCCACCUGACAGACAAACAGACAGACAGACAGACAGACAGCGAAGUGCGGAGUGGUGAGCGCAAGGUGGGUGGAGAGGGAGGGGUAGUACCAUUCUCUGGGGUCGAUGAUCCAUGCGUUGAAGUAGAGCCUCAUGGGUUCCGUCAUGAGGUUAACCUGUGGAUUGCAGCCCUUGUUCUCAUCCUCCUCAUUCACACCAGGCGGACACGCAUUGUCCUGCACACGCACACAUACAAAUGCAGCGAGGUGACAACCCUCCUCCCAUGUCCAGGUUGCUUUCUCGUCUCCCGGACUCGACUCACCCAGCGGAUGACCUUGCCGUCAUAGAACCACGCUAUGUGUCCAGGUGUCCACUCGAGAGUGUACGUGUGCCACCUCUUCUUGACCUCCCAGGUCUGCGCCUCGUGGUUGGCGGCCACCCCAGGGGCGGCGUAGAACUCCUCCUUGAUCUUGCGGCCGCUCUCCCAGCCCCACCCCGUAAUGAUGUUGGUCUGUAUGGGGGUGUCCUUGAACCAGCCCUUGCCGUGCACUUCGAAAUCCACCUCCUGCCAGCUGUUCGUUCCGGCCUUGUUGGUCUGGUUGACGUACAGAAAGAAGGCCGGCACCAAGCCGUCCAUGUCGAAAUUGGUCAGCCACCGGAUCUCGAAGCGGCCGUAGUGGAAGAACUCGUGAGUGACCAUACUCGCCCCCGUGAUGUAUCGGUGCCGACAGACCUUCGGGUUGGGGUCCCACGCACACGUGCCGUCAGGCCUCCAGCCCCCGGGAUACACGCCGUCAGGAGGCGUUUCCGUUUCCAGAGCGACGGUGCCCUCCCCUUCUCUCGCUCCCUGCGGCUUCACUUGCCCACCUUUGUUGUGGCCACCUUGAUUGCCUCCAGCUGCGUGUUGUUGUGGCUGCUGACCGUGCUUGCCCGGCACUUGAAGGCCGCUCGCUACAGGGGCGCUCUUGUGGAUGCCGAGAGUGUCAUAGUCGACAAGUGGCAUCAGGUCUGGGUCGACGGGCGUCCUUCCCCAGCCAUUUGCGAAGGGCGCCAUGGCGGCAGACAGGGGCAGCGCCGCGGCGAGGGCGAGAAAGCGCUUCAUAUGCCCUUUCCGAAUGACCCCUCUUCUGGGGGAUAAGGAGGGCUUUGUUCCCCUGCUGGCCUGCGACUGGAAGCG